GGAAAGUUAUCAGAAGCAAAACGCCCAAAGACAGGAGGGGGUCCCAAGCCACCAAGCCCCACACCAGUUGAGCUUUCCAUUUUGGAACAACUGGAAGGAAGGCCUUCCCUUGAAGGAAUAUGUGGAGGAAUAGAUACAGCGGAUCCAGUGGAAACUCAGCCUUCCACCUCUUCUUCAGCAUCUUCAGAUGAACCUGCAAAGAAGAAGGAUGUACAAGAUUCUGGUAAGAAAAAGAGGAAGCUUACCAUCCUGGAGCUAGAGGAAAGGAACAUAUCAUUAGAGAAUGAUAAGCUUCAGGAAGAAAUAGAGAAGCUGAAAGACGAGAGACAGCUCAUUGUGGCCAAGAAAUCAUAUUAUGACCUAAAAUUCCAAAUUUUAUGUAAUAAUAAUCCUGAGGUGUCAGAUAAUUUGGUGAAGAAGUGGACCAGUUUACCUAAAGAUGACCAUGUGGCAUUGGCGCAGUACAUGAGUGCACUUGCUCUUAAGAUGGCUCUAGUCAGCUUGUUUGGAAGCCAUGCAUGGUCGGAUGAGGAAAUCUUAGAAAUCAGGCACAACUAUGACAUUGCUUGGAGUGAAUUGGAAAGGAGACUUGUUGAUUUUCCCGAAGAAGGAAGCCCCAGGAUCAAGGCGUUUGAAAAUGCACAUAAAAGGUUCCAUGCACUUGUGAAAAGGAUGGUAACGAAUCAUAGAAAGCUAUCGAAGAAGAGCACAGAGGAGGGGUUGUUUAUUGACGCGCUACUCGACAGUACGGAGGACGAGCAGGUUAUUCUAAGCGACGCAUGUACAUAUAUUGUUGCAGGCUUCCACACCACAGGAAAUUUGUUAACAUGGGCUGUGUAUUUCCUGGCCACACAUGAAGAUGUACAGGAUAAAGUAUACAAAGAAAUUAAAAAAGUACUAGGUGGAAAUGACUUGGAACCAAGCUCACUAAAAGAUUUAGUGUAUUUACGACAGGUGAUAGACGAAAGUCUCAGGUGUGCUGUAAUAGCUCCAUGGGCAGCCAGGUAUCAGGAUUUCGACUCCGAACUUGGAGGACAUAAAAUUCCCAAAAAUACGCCUGUCAUCCAUGCUCUUGGUGUUAGUCUACAGAACGAGAAAUACUUCCCCCUCCCGAACAAGUUUGACCCUGAUCGAUUCAGUGCAGAAAAUUCCAAAUCGAGACCAUCCUACUCUUUCCAGCCCUUUGGAUUUGCUGGCAAGAGAAAGUGCCCUGCCGACAACUUUGCCUAUGUUGAAGCCACAAUAACACUGGUUUCUAUUCUUAGAAAGUUCAAGGUCAAAAUGGUGGAAGGUCAAGUUGUGACUCCAACCUUUGGCCUCGUGACUCACCCAACUGAAGAAGUUUGGAUCACGUUGCAGAAAAGAUAAAACAAAAUGAUUAUGAUAUGUGUAGAAUUUUUUGUGCCAUGGGAAAAUGUAGUUUGACAAACUUUUGUAAUGCUUUCAUAUAUGUUGUGGUGGUGAAAAUCGACAUUUUUCAGUAAUGUUCUGAAUUCUGGCUUAUCUGAACAUGUUUCAUGUUGGUUAGUGUAGCACAGCUUUUUAUAAUGCAAUGAUACAGUAAAAAUUCGGAAAAAGAAAAAUUCUUUGAACUAUGAAAACAUUAUGUAGGUAUAGUUCAUUAGUAGAAAACAAAGUUAAUAUAUUUGAUAUUUAAACAAUUGGUAUUUAAACAAUUGUUUAUAUUGAUGUACAAUUCAAAAUGAAAUAAAGUUUAAACUAAUGAAUAUUAACAAUUGUAGCUACCGCAUUCUUUUGGAGGUUACUUCAAGGACGGCCACAUUGUGCACCAAAUUUUCAAAUCUAUUUUCCUUACCCCGAUUCAAUGAAAGGACCAGGUCCUUUAUUCAGGCAACCUUACACCACAUAUGUUGCUUGACUCACUUUAUGUCAAAUAUUUUAUGUGCUUGCUUCUGUGUAUGUGUUAGAUAAGUUCUGCAAGAAGGUUGAUAGUUGUUUUCAAAACCUCUGUACAUAUACAUGUACAAAAUAUAUACAUAUAUGAGUUGUGUAUAUAUAUUGAAGAGUUUCUGAUUGCAUUGUUCAGUUGUUUAUUCUGUGUAGUAGGUUUUCAUGUGCUUUAAUUUCCCCCCCCAAAAAAUCCUUGGCUAAAGGGCAUUCAAGGUUGCCUGAAUAAAGGACCUGGUCCUUUCAUUGAAUCGGGGUAAGGAAAAUAGAUUUGAAAAUUUGGUGCACAAUGUGGCCGUCCUUGAAGUAACCUCCAAAAGAAUGCGGUAGCUACAAUUGUUAAUAUUCAUUAGUUUAAACUUUAUUUCAUUUUGAAUUGUACAUCAAUAUAAACAAUAAAUAAUGCAAACAGGAUUCGGAAACAAGUUGUUACAACUUAUAUUAAUCCGUUUCCUUAAAUUGACUUUCAACUAUUAAAAACGAUAGUUGCCCUUGCUGAAUGGCAAGUAUAUUAGGAACAACAAAUGAAAAAAAAGAUGGAAUUGAUGGAAAAAUUUAACCAAAAAAAAUGAAAAGGGAAAAAUAUGAUAGAAAAUAUACAGAGAGAGAUAUCAUAACUUGAAUUAACGUUAAAAGUGACCGAGUAAUAAACAGUCGUACGAUGCAAAAAUAACAAAAUCGACAAUACGGUAGCAAGUGGAAUUAAGUUACAAAUCGUUUAGUAGCAGAAAUAAAAUGAUGUACAUGUUUGAAAAUGUUUGUAUUAUAGGAAUAAUUUCUAUCUGGGUCUCCAAAUAACAGAAUGUUUAAAGUGACCGGUCUUAAUGGGUCAAUGAAUUUUUUCCUUGCAUCAGUGUAUAGAGGACAUUCUAAUAAAAAGUGAAGUGUUGUUUCAAUUUGUCCACAGGCACAAUUAGGAUUAUCUAUUAUAUGUUUUUUGGAUAAAUGCGAAUUAAGUAUACUGCAAUUGAGUCUAAGUCGUGUGUGUAAGAUCUGUUCUGUGCGCUUACCAAAUAGAAAGUGUCUUGGGGUUUUACAACAGUUUGAGUUAAGCACACGUUUCAAAUUGGAUACUGAAGGAUUUUCUUGGACACUUAUCGGAAGAUCGUUCCAAAGCUUUGUAGUGGACGGUAGAAAAGAUUGUGAAUAGUGGUUUGUAUUAGAUUUUCGUUGAGUAAUGCAGUGCGAUCUUCUUGUGGGAUAAUGAUGUGUUUCACUGAUUCUUAAGGGGAUUAGAGAAGAUAGAUAAUCUGGAGCACAUCUAUGGACCAUGGUGUGGAAUUUGAUUAGUUUGUGUUUUUGUCUACGAUUGUGUAGAGUGUCCCAUCCAACCUCUCGAUACAGAUCAUUUAAACUUACGAGUUUUGUCGCCCCUGAGACUAUGCGAGCUGCCUCAAUAUUGAUUUUUUCGAGUUUAUCGGCUAAAUCGUUUGAGAUAUUGUCCCAGACAACAUCUGCGUAUUCAAUGACUGGUCUUACAAAUGAAACGUAAAGUUUUUCUAAGGAUUUUCUAUCUAAUAAAAAUUUGAGUCGUCGUAGAAUGUGUAACCUAGACGAUGCCUUCGCCACGACAAUAUUAACGUGAUAUGACCAUUGUCCGUUGUCGGAAAAAUGUAAUCCUAAGUGUUUAUGAUGUGACACUUCACUUAUCUUUUGUCCAUUCAAGUACAAGUCUGGAUGUAGAGUUCGGUUUCGUUUGGUACUAAUUGUUAUGCUUUCAGUUUUCUGAGGAUUAAAGGUAACUAACCAUUGAUUAGACCAUUUGUGGACUUUGUCAAGGUCGCUAUUUAAUGUCUUGCUUGCGAUGACCGGGUUAUCGACAAUAAUGUAUAAGGUGGUGUCAUCCGCAAAUAAUUUGAUAGUGGAUCUUAUGUCAAACACUAUAUCGUUUAUAUAUACAAGAAAUAACAAUGGACCUAAUAUUGAGCCCUGGGGUACACCAGCCUUUACGUCGCGCCAACCCGAAGCUGAUGAGUUUAUUACAACUCUUUGUUUACGACUCUGGAGAUAAUUUUCGAACCACAGAUAAAGUUUGUCUCCUAUCCCGGCUUGUUGAAGUUUAUAAAGCAAACCCUUAUGCCAAACUCUGUCGAACGCUUUGCUUAUAUCACAAAACACGACACGCACCUCCCUUCCCGAGUCUAAGGCUCUUCCUAUAUCGUUAGAUUCAUUAGGAAGCAAGUUGGAGUGAAGAACCAUUAGUAGUUUAGAAAGAUGCUGUUUUGUUGGCUCGAAGUCUGAACACACAUGUAGAAUUGCAAAAGAUUUUUAAUGUAUGUAGCUUGAAUAAAGGGAGUUAUGAUCACA